AUGGCUGCCAGAAAACUGGUCCGGGAUUUAUUAAUCGCCCGUCAGCCUCUAAUUCGGCAGCUAUUAUUAUCCCACAGGGCUUCUGUGGGAGCUGCAAACUUUAGGUUGUCCGGGCCGAAUGCGUUUGUCAGUAGGCGUCAAUUUGGCGUUCUUAAUGACAUCUCUAAUAAAAUCAAGGGCGAACUUGAUAGAAAUAAAGAAUUAAAAAAGUCAGUAGAUGAAUUGAAAGAGGAUUGGAAACAGAAAGCCGAGAGGUUAAAGGGAGUUAAAGAAGAUCUGGAAGCUAGAACGAAGCAGUCAACUGAGCAGCUGUACAAGAUUGUGGAUGGUGUUCGGGAGGAGGCUGGUUCUACGGCAAAAAAGGUUAUUUCUGAUGUUGAGGAGAAGAUUUCUGCGGCUAAAACUGAGGUGAAGGAUUCUUUUGGAUUUUCAAAACAAGAGUCUUCUGGAUCUACUGGAGCUUCUGAGAAGAGUGGAGCUGAAUCAACAUUUGCAGAAGGAAAAACGCAAGAGCAGCAUCAGCAAUCUGGGCCUGGUGAUCAGGCAGAAAGCUUUUUCGGGAAGAUCAAGCUCGGAGCAUCUAUGGCAUUUCAGAAAGUAAAGGAAGCAAAGCCCAUUGGCAUUGUGAAGAAGGGUUAUGACAUUGUAAAGGAUGAGUUGACAGGCAAGACAAGUAAAAGAAGGCACCUCAAUAGUAGCAACCCGAAUGCCAAAUCUUCAGUUAAAGUCGAAAAAAGCAGUAGGACCGAUAUUGUGGUCGUACCCAAAUCAAAAUUGGAGCAAAAAUUGGAUGAUAUUAUGGAUAAGUUGCGUGGUUCUUCAAUAUAUAGGAAAGCUAAAGGGUUAAGUGAACCAGCCGAGGAGAUUGCAGAAAAUGUGAGGGACUGGUACGAGACCUCUGACAGUCCUGUUGUCCACAAAAUUCAGAAUCUUUCGGACACAGUAUUUGGAGAAACAGAUGUUGCAACAUCAACGAAGGAAAUAAAAAUACGAGAUCCGAAUUUUAGUCUGCCAGAAUUCGUUGCGGAUGUGGAAGAUUGGGUUAGACCAGUUCUAAAUGCUUAUUUCAAGGCUGAUGCUGAAACUCUAAAUAUUUAUUGUACACCUGAACUGAUUGAGCGGUGCAAGGCCGAGCAUCGAGCUUUUCAAAGCCAGGAUUUAUUUAUUGAGCACAAGAUUUUGCAUAUAUCGGAGGUGGAUGUAAGGGAGGUGAAACUGAUGGGAGACACUCCUAUAAUAAUAGUGGGAUUCCGAACACAAGAGGUUCAUUGUGUACGUGACAGACAUGGGGAAAUUAGAGAAGGAGGAAAGGAUACAAUCAAAACCGUGUUUUAUCACUGGGCAUUGCAGCAAAUACCGGUGGAGGAACUUGGAGAGGAUGCCUUACACCCAGUAUGGAGGCUUAGAGAAAUGCAACAGUUUGGUGUGCAGGCCCUUAUUUGA